AUGGGUUUAUCAUUUUCAAAACUAUUUGCCAACCUCUUUGGUAACAAAGAGAUGAGAAUCUUGAUGGUUGGUUUGGAUGCCGCCGGUAAGACCACCAUUUUGUAUAAAUUGAAAUUGGGUGAAAUCGUCACCACCAUCCCAACAAUUGGUUUCAAUGUUGAGACCGUUGAGUACAAGAAUAUCUCAUUUACAGUUUGGGACGUUGGUGGACAAGACAAGAUUAGACCAUUGUGGCGUUACUAUUUCCAAAACACUCAAGGUAUCAUUUUUGUCGUUGAUUCCAACGAUAGAGACCGUAUUGCCGAAGCCAGAGAAGAAUUACAACAAAUGCUCAACGAAGAUGAAUUAAGAGACGCGCUCUUGUUGGUUUUUGCUAACAAGCAAGAUUUGCCAAAUGCUAUGAAUGCCGCUGAAAUUACAGAAAAAUUGGGAUUACACUCCAUCAGACAAAGACCAUGGUACAUCCAAGCCACUUGUGCUACUACCGGUGACGGUUUGUACGAAGGUUUGGAAUGGUUAUCUACCAACUUGAAAAACUCAUCAUAA